AUGUCGAUCGUGGCAAGAAGAGGGCUAAGAAACAGAGGCAGAAGGCUAAGAAGCUGGAAUCCCGUCUCUUGGAGGAGCGUGCGGCAGUGGCGUCAGAGCUGGCGCGCGCGCGCCGCGAACUGGACGCGCUGCACGUGGCCCACGCCGCCGCCAAGCGACGCCUCGACGCCGCGCGGGCCGCGCACCACCACUACAAGGCCAACAAGAAAGGUAACACCUACCUCCGACACCUACCUACUGGACGCGCUCACGUCGCGCACGCCCGCCGCCAAGCGACGCCUCGACGCCGCGCGGGCCGCGCACCACCACUACAAGGCCAACAAGAAAGGUAACACCUACCUCCGACACCUACCUACUGGACGCGCUCACGUCGCGCACGCCGCCGCCAAGCGACGCCUCGACGCCGCGCGGGCCGCGCACCACCACUACAAGGCCAACAAGAAAGGUAACACCUACCUCCGACACCUACCUACUGGACGCGCUCACGUCGCGCACGCCGCCGCCAAGCGACGCCUCGACGCCGCGCGGGCCGCGCACCACCACUACAAGGCCAACAAGAAAGGUAACACCUACCUCCGACACCUACCUACUGGACGCGCUCACGUCGCGCACGCCGCCGCCAAGCGACGCCUCGACGCCGCGCGGGCCGCGCACCACCACUACAAGGCCAACAAGAAAGGUAAAAAACAGAAAUUGAAUCCGGCACAGCAAGCUAAGGCGCAGCUUGUAGCUGAACAGCUUGGGGAGCUGACUACACUCAUGAAUACUACUUCCAAGGAGAUGCAAGCAGCUGAAAAGCAAGUGCUGGACUUCACCCGACGUUUACAGAACUGCGAACGACAACUUGCCGAGUCCAGGGCCGUGCAGGGGAAACCUGAGAGACCUUCACAUAGUCAGCUGGAACAAGCGGCGUUGCAAGCGAAACAACAGCAACUGCAACAGCAACAACAGUUGCAGCACCAGCAACACUUGCAACUCAUCGAGUUGGAGAAGCAGAAGUUAGAGAAGCAGAAGCAGGCCGCUACUGCUACGUUUAUUAGCGAGGCGGGCGGCGGCAUGGUGUGUGUCCGUCGCGCGGCCGACGGAGCCGCGCUGCACGCGCCCGUGCUAGCAGCCCCCGAGGAACCGACGGCCGCGGCGAAGGCGGCGGAGAGCGGACGCAAGCAAACCUGGGAACAAGCACUAGCUCACAUCAACCAAUUAGCCAAGGGCAAGGAUAAAGAGAAGAAAAAACACAAAGAAAAUAAGGAGCAGACGAAACAACAAGAGAAAUCGACCAACAAGGAAGCUAAAGAAGCCACUAAAGUAAACACGACACAACCUGAACAGACACUGUCUAAGAAACAGAGGAAACUACUGGCGAAACAACAGGCGGAAGAAGAAGAAAAGAAAAAACAACAGCAGCAAGAAUCAAAAACCAAAAAGACCGCAGAAGCGAAGAAACCCGACCCACCGAAACCCGAACCCGCUAAGACUAAGGCAGAGAAAAAGGCGGAAACUAAGAAGGAGAAAAAAGAAGAGAAGAAGAAUGAGAAAGCUGAAAAGAAUGAGAAGAAAGGAAAGGAGAAUAAACAGGAGAAAGCGCCCCAACCACAACCAAAGACAAAGCAACCAGUACAACAGCAACAACAAGCGACAACUAAGAAAGAGAACAAGAAGCAACAACAGCAACAACAACAGCAACAGUUGCAGCAACAACAACAGUUGCAGCAACUACAGCAACAGAAGUCGCAAGUCAUUAAUAUCACGCCGGAUACUACUAUUGAAGUUGUUAACAAGAAGAACCAGUGCAGCAAUGAGUUGGAGAAGCCAGCCUCAUGCAGCAUCAUGGAACAACUCAGCUGUGGCGUACAGGUUGCAGAUCUAAAGCUGCCUCCAGGUAUAACCCUGACGAGAGUACAACCCUCGGACAAGAAGGAACCACCGCCCAUCAAAUCUGUGCCUCUAUGGAAAGCAGGUCAGCUCCCUGCCGCGCCGACGCCAGUAGCCAGGCCGGCGCCUAUCAUCAACGCUGACCCUGCCAAUGUUAUGUUCAGCACUGCUCAUCCAGAACCACCAAAGCCAGUAAUCAUAGCGGACCCGCCUCCAGUGCCGGGCAAAUCGAAGAAGGCCAAGAAGAAAGCCAAAAAGGCUGCCGCGGCCGCCGAGGAAAAACAAGAUGGGACCAAGAUCGUCACCUUGCGAAAUCCAAUGUUCCAUCCGAAUUUACCACCAGUCCAAAUAACCAAUCAACCAGCGAAGAAACAGGAGCAGAUUCGAGUCCCAGACCCGAUACCUAUGCCACCGAAUGCUUGCCAAGCGACUAUAACACCUACGUCAAAUGGAAUGUUCACAAUAAGGAACCCCCUAAUGACAAUGAUGCAUCAACAGAGCCUCAUGGGCGUUAGGGCUCAAAGUCCCCAGCUCAACCCAAUGUACCCGCAACAAUAUAACUACGUGAACCCAAAUAACUACAAUCCCAUACAGAAUAACAAUUCCCAAUACAUCGACCCGCCACGAGCGUCACCUAAAUCAGAUGACUUCCAAACCAGAAUCAUGAAUUUGGCGUCUUUCACACAGAAGAACGAUGAAGGGUACUCCCUAUUUAAGACCCCAGAUGACCAGCAACAAAGGAAUUUCCUAACUCCGGAGUACUUUGAGAACCAGAGCCCCAAGUCUGUGGUGUCCCCUAACCCUAUAGGAACCCGACCGGAGCCUAACCGGGGAUUUGAAUCCGACAUAUCUCUGUUCGCUAACCCCAUUCAAAGACCGGAGCCUAUAGGGACUCCGAUGAAGCAGGAAGAUCAACAAUACACUGGAUUAUACACACCGUUCGGUCAAGAAGACCGCAAUGUGUUUAGAAAUGCGCUCUUCAGUGACAAAAAUGACGAUUUAGGGUUAAAAAAUGUAGCUAAUGGCGAUACGUUGCCAUAUUUUCAAAGGCUAAGGGUUGGGUCGAAAUUAAACAAUGAAGUGUCUAUUCAUCAUGUUACUGAGUCGAAAUUCUAUAAGACGCAGGAGCCCGGUCACCCGCUAGAGUGUGGAGUGGGCGAGGAGUCGUUGUUCAGUAGACCGACACACGCCUGGCCGGACCAACUCUAUACUACACACAAACCUGGUACGUAUACACAAUACCCCCGUAUACCCAAUAACCCCUUCGGGGAUAAGGCGUUAUGUUAUGUACAUACUUUAAUUUUCAACUAA